AUGAACGUUGGAGGGAUGUCAUCGUCUGCUGCCUCUGGACGUAGCAAAUUAGAGCGUAAGAAAGCUCGACUUAAUCGGCGCAAGAUUGCAGCAGCAGUAGAACGUGAUAAAGUGGCUCGAGAAGCAGAGGCAGCACGUGUAGCAGCCAUCAGUCGUAGUCGCCUGCGUCGUCUACCACCUUGGCUGCCCACGCUUCCAUCCACCAAUAGCCUUGACGCUGCAGUUUUACGAGACCUCAAUGACGUCUCAAGACCAAUAACUCUUCGUGUAGGUGAGGAAAUGCUGCGAUAUUGUGCUUACACACAGAAAGUCGUGGACGCCGCACGUCAACACAUUGACGCAGCCAUUGCACACAUCUCUGAAGGGGUUCGCAAGAUCUGGCCACACGCGUCGGUCGUGUGCUUUGGCUCGUACUCUACGGGUCUGUGGCUACCUUCCAGUGACGUGGAUGUGGUAGUUAUGGGGUUGUCCAAUGCUGAGGACCAGGACGUACCAACACGUUUUGUACCUGAUGGAGUGAAAGAGCUUGAAAAAUUAGCGAGACAACUUCGACCUCAAAAAAGUUGGGUACAACGUGUUGAUGUCGUACGAGGAGCUAAAGUUCCUGUGGCAAAAUUGAGUUUACGACGUGGUAGUCAGAAGGAAGGAGAGAACUCGGUGUUGUUACGGGUGGAUAUUUCGAUUGAGAAUGUGCAAACUUGUAAUGGAAUGGAAGCGAGCAAGUUGGUACGACAGUAUAGGCAUCAGGAACCGGAGAGUGACAGUGAGAAUGAAUGUAAGGAAAAUGGAAGGAGAGAGAAAGAUGCGUCUGAAAAACGCGAAGCAAGGAAACUCGGCCAAUUGCUGCUCGAUUUUUUGGAUUAUUACGGAACCUCAUUUGAUUAUUUCACGACAGGACUCUCACUCAAGCCCGAAGCAUUUGGCGCGUAUCCGCUUGCAGCACACUUGUCGAUUACCAAUGGCAUGCCACUCAUGCCGCAACUUGUUAUUGACGACCCAGUGUAUAAAAAUGGGCAGCACAACGCUGCUGCGGGUACAUUUGCUCUUGCUCGUGUAGUGGCGGCAUUAGAGAAUGGGUAUUUCGCGUUGUGGUAUCACCGACCGACUCAAUUUGCUCCGACUCCAUUGUGCCAAUUGCUGCACUGGUCCGGCCACCAUGUAAGUUAUCCCUUCUGUCACGGUGUCGACGACCAAGUAGGAAAUGUGAGAAGCGGCUGA